AUGAAAUUCUUUGUGCUUUUUACAAUUUGUUUUGUGAUUUCUGCACUUUGCGACGAUGAUAAUUCGACGUCUGAAACUGUGGCUGAAACUACAGUGAGCUCUAGCUCCUCAGCGAAAAGUUCUGAAACUACUUCGAGUUAUACUUCUAGUUCCAGCUCCACUUCGAGUUCGGAUAACUCGACAGCUCAGACAACUUCUACAAGUACAGGCAAGUCGAUUUUUGAGUUAUGACAUGGCAAUUUCUUGAAAAAAAAAUUGGCGAUAGAUUUCCCUGCGCGAGAACCCGGAAAUUUCAGCAAUUUUUCGAUUUUCAACGAAAAAUUGAUGAAAUUUCAAGGUUCAGGCAGAUUUUGAUGAAAAUAAAGAUUUUCAAAUAUUGCCACGUCAUAACUCAUCAGCUCAACGUUGAAUGUGAGUUAUGACGUGGCAGGAUCUUUUAAAAAAUUGGCGAUAGAUUUCCCUGCGCGAGAACCUGGAAAUUUCAGCAAAUUUUUGAUUUUCAGUCAAAAUCCAACUUUUGACUGAAAUUUCAAGGUUCAGGCAGGUUUUCAGAAUAUUUUUAAGCCACACGAUUUUCAGACAGCUCCGAUUCUCUGGAUAAACUAGUGUCCUACACGACCUCUCAGAAAACCAUCUUCUUGGCUUGUUGUGGUGGAACUUUUGUGCUUUUGGUGGCAUUGGCGAUUCUUUCCGGAUUGUCUGAUACAAUGGCAAGAUCUCGACAAAAAGCUAAAAGAACCCAUGCAUAA